AUGACCAGCACUGGAGAGGGUGAAUUUAAGCGAGUGCAGGAGAACGAAGAAGAGUUUCAAAAGGGUCCUCUCUCAGUGCUAAUGCAUAGCGUCAAAAACAACUCACAGGUCCUCAUAAACGUGCGCAACAAUCAUAAAUUACUAGCACGUGUCAAGGCGUUUGAUCGCCACUGCAAUAUGGUGCUGGAGAAUGUCAAGGAGAUGUGGACUGAGGUCCCUAAGGCCGGCAAGGGCAAGAAAGCGGCCAAGCCCGUCAACAAAGACCGCUUUGUCAGCAAAAUGUUUUUGCGCGGAGACUCAGUCAUUAUUGUGCUUCGUAAUCCACACGCCUAA